CAGAAUUGCGGGCCGCCCAGCGGUGGCACGGGCGCGGGUGCGAGUGGCUUGCAGCGUCCCUCAGCCUCCACCCUCAUCUCAUGGUCCUCGCCCCAUAAGUCUGUGCAGGGGCGGUCGCGCCCCAGAUGUCUGCUACUGUCGAUGCUGUACCGGGGCGGCCAGAGUCUAGUAGCACUGACCGUACAGCAGCUCUCGCCGAAUCAUCCCCAUAUUCCCUCGAAACUGCUGAGGCGAUUGGCCUGGUUCCGGAGACCCAGACAGUGGACCAUCUCUCGCUGGGGGAACAAGACAACCAGGACAUCUAUCGAGGAGGGCCUCCUCCCGCACCUCCAAGGUCGCCUUCCAUCAGAUCCCAGAGUUCGUCCUCCUCGUCCAGCUCUUCUGCGUCCUCCGUCUUUGGAGGACGUCUUGGAGCGAUCUCAGCUGUGGUCGAACAUGCUAUUGCUACGUGGGCUCGUGCUUGGGCAUCUUCGUCUUCUUUGUCGACAACAUCCUCGUCCUCGUCCUCGUCCUCGUCCUCUCAGUCCCUCAGGACACUGGCCAGGUCCCUUGCGACUCGCACGCGCAGACGCAGGCCGAGCGUCGCAGACGUGCAUAACAGACGAUCUGAGCGCGAGAUAGCAGCUCGCAUCAGGGCCAGGGAAGAAUGGAGAUAUGUUCCGCGGUCCUUUGAUUUGUAUGUCCCCAACCCCCUGGACCCCGAUGUCUUGGGCAAGGAAGGUCGUCCCGGGCCCGGCGCUGAAGAUCGGCAUUUCAUCCACACGGACUCCCUUCCUCUCAUCAUCGCCCAGCUUGGUGCAGCUCUCAAGGGCAACGAGAGAGCAAGACGAGCGCGCACAGAGACCAUCGCUCCGGAACACCGCGUCCCUUCCCCUCCGAUGUUACACCACCACUAUAUGAUGCCCGAGGAUUUCAUAUCCUCAGCGAGUUCCUCAACACAAGAGCCCACUGCGCCGCGGAGAGCGAGGAAAGGGAAGAAACGGGCAACCGCGCUCCCGACAGCAACACCCAUGUCUCAUGCCUCGUCCUCUGCGACAGAGCCUGGCGAUGCGGAGAAGGCCUGGUGGCUAGAUAUAUCCUCGCCUACAUGGGAAGACAUGCGCGCAAUAGGCAAGCUUCUGCACCUACAUCCGUUGACUCUCGAGGAUAUCCUGCAGCAGGAUCCGAGGGAGAAGCUGGAAGUUUUUCCCAGGCUGGGAUACUACUUCGUAGUUUUCCGUGCGAUAGAGAGCAUGAAGACCAGGGAACGGCUGCGCGCCCUUCACAACCCUCGAGAUAACUCGGUGUCGUCUGCGUCGCCCAUGGAAGAAGCCAUCGUCGGCGAGGUCAAUGUAUACCUCAUUGUCUUCCGGGAAGGCAUAUGUUCGUUCCAUUUCUCGGAUAUUGGAGAACAUGUCGACCGUGUUCGCAAGAAGAUCCUCAAACUGUCGCAGAGCGUCAACAUGAGCUCCGAUUGGAUUGCGCAUGGAGUCAUGGACUCCAUUGUGGAUUCAUUCUUCCCGUUCUUGGAAGGAGUCGAAAAGGAGGUGGCCAACAUGGAAAGCCUUCUAGUAUCAGAAGACGUUACGCGAGACCCCGCGGCGACCAAUCCUCCUCCUCCUCCCGCUGAUAUACCCACUAAGCCCAACCUUGAGAAGGUUGUGACACAUGAUACCAAUGAAAACCCUGAUGCAUCCAGCAUUACGGUCACUGAGAAGACGCGCGAGACACUUAAGACGGUGGAGCGGAAGACACAGUUUGCACUCCCUACGGGCUGGCGCUCCCACCUUCGGGGGCUCAAGCGCUCUGUGCUAGGCUUCUACCGACACUUUCGUGUCGUGUUCAGGCACACGCCGACGGCGAAGACUACCAACACUGUGCACCGGAUGGCGAAGACGAGGAGACUCGUUACGUCGCUCACCCGGGUCUUAGCGCACAAGUCGGAGGUCGUUGCGCAGCUGCAGAAGCGACUGCUGACUGUCGGAGGGGGACUUGGACACGGCACCAAACAUGACCACGACGUCUACGUGUACAUGGGUGAUGUCCAGGAUCACAUUUUGACUUUGCAACAGUCACUAGUUCACUACGAACGUGUCCUGAGCACGUCGCAACCUACCUACCUAUCCCACCUGCGUCUAUCCCUCUCACAGGCUCAAUCAGGCACAGACACUGCGCUCGUCACGCUCACGACAGUCAGUAUGGGUGUCCUUUUGGUUCAGACCCUGAUUGGUCUGUUCUCCAUGAACACGCAAGUCCCCGCCAACUCCCUCGCUGGAAACCGCUUCUACGUGUUCGGCAUCGUGAUCUCGCUGGCAAGCGUGAUUCUCUUCGUCUACGCUAACUUUGUACGCCUCUGGUGGAAAUGGUCUAAGCGGCGGAGGUGGCGGUCAGGGCCCGCAUUGACGCAGUAAUUGGGAGCGUUGCUGUUCGCCUGGUAUUGCGCCGCCGCACCGGCUUCGUAGCCUACGUCUUGGUACCUGCACUACGUAACUUAUUCCUGCAUACUAUUGGACAAUGUUCACACUGUACACCAUGCAUUCAUUACACGCUUGGAUUGGUCGUGAGUAUCCUCAUUUGCAUUCGUCCAUCCAUCCAGAGCAUAACUGAAGAACAAUAUAUACAUGCGU